AUGCACUCACAAUCGGCAGGCGAAGAUGCUAGCCGCUCGUCGUCGCCAGGGAAUCGCAGCGACGACUCGUAUGCACUCGAGGAUCUGGGGACGCGGUAUAGAGACGCCGAACCUGAGCGCGACCUGUUGAAAGACCCGCUCGACGUCGAACUAGGAGGCAGUGUGCCUCUGCUCCCAGGGCACCCUGAUGAAUUUGAAUUCGACGAUGAAGAUUAUGACGAGUUUCACGUUGACCGGGAGCUUGGUCGUGAUCCGCCGUUUUCCUGCACGUUCCAGGGCUUCGUCGCGUGGUGCCGUGGACCCGUGCCGCCGCAUGUCUAUCGCAUUAACCCCUGGUUCCCUAAGUGGCAGGCUGCGCCGGCGCGCCUGGUUGAUCACUGGGCUCCGAAGCGGAUUAUGAAGAUAGCUGCUUUGUUGUUUGCGGUGGUAUUGUGGGUUGCUGUGUUCUUUUCUUCGCUGAAGGCGUCUGUGGCGGAGCAGGAAGUUCUGGGCUAUGGUCAGCCCGUCAAGCUGUCAUGUCACCAUCGCUUGUGGGCUAAUGGCACGGACUGCGGUAUGAACGGGGAGCUUUGUAUGCCCUUUGAUGAUAAAUCGUUCGCGUUUCGUUGUCCGUCUGGCUGUGCUGCAGCCAUUCUUCUAGAGCCGUACAAUGUCGGUGCCUAUGAGUAUAAUUAUAGAUCGCUGGUCAUUGGUGGCAAGCCUGGUGGUUUCCGGCGAGACGGUCGCAAUAGUGGCAUUUAUCGGGGCGACUCCUCCAUCUGCGCAUCGGCCCUGCAUGCAGGGAUGAUCAGCGACGCAAAGGGAGGAUGUGGGAUUUUGCACCGCAGAGGCGAGACGGACAAGUUCGAGUCCCAUGAGCAGAAUGGCAUCGAGAGCAUCGAGUUCAUGUCGCAUUUCCCCAUGUCAUUCCUCUUAACUCGCCAGGCCUCGUCCUCGGGGUCUCACGAUGCGAAGCUGGUGCAAUGCUCCGACAUCCGAUGGACACUAUUCGCCUUUACUGUCGCUUACACGGCCAUCUUGUCCAUGUUCGUGACUUCUGCGCCGGCCUUCUACACCGUGAUCUACUUCAUAGUGUGGUUCCAAGUCGCCAUGGCAUCAGACCCACCCACUUCAGGCUACUACGACCUGGUCUCAAUUGGUCUUGGUCGGUUCUUCCCGGGCGCAUUUGUCGGUUUCGCCAUGUAUUAUUUCUGCGUAAAACACACGCUCCGUGACUUGACAGCGCACCUCGACAAGACCAUUUUGUGGCUAGGCGGCUGCUGGGUCGGCGCCUUGAAUACAGAUACGUUCGAUCGUAUCCCCAUCUCGCGCCUCACUCCCCACGAUAUCAAGCAGCAGCCAGGAGGAUUCACGGCAUUUCUCGCUAUCGUGGGCUCUCUCAUUGUGAUCUUCUUCGUCCAGGCACAUUGUUUCCGCCGCGAAGGCCGCUUCUUCCCAAUGCUGAGUCUAUACGGUCUGAUGGCCCUCAUCAUUCUCAUACUCGUCGCCGUGCCACACAUGAACCUCCGCAUCCACCACUACAUUCUCGCUCUUCUAUUCCUACCCGGAACAACACUGCAAACGAGACCCAGCCUCUUAUUCCAGGGUAUCCUCGUCGGCCUAUUCAUCAACGGUAUCGCGCGCUGGGGAUUCGACUCCAUCCUUCAAACACCAGCAGCUCUUCUAGACGGCGGCAAAUUAGGCACUGUCCCCCCACCAAUCAACCCACCCACCAUAAUUGACCAGGAUCACCUCACAUUCUCGUUCCAAGAUCUCCCACCGCAUGUGGAUGGUAUCAGUGUGUUGGUCAACGACGUCCAGCGCUUCCAAAGCUUCAAGCCCAAAGACAGCGGUCAUGUGGGUGACUUUUCUUGGGGUCGCAGAUUCGCAAAGGAGAUCGAGUACUUCCGCUUUGGAUAUGUGCAUGUCAAUACAUUGGGUGGUGUUUGGUAUGAGGAUUUCACUGAGGCGGCUACUUGGGCUACCGAUGGGAAUUUAUUUUAUCCUGUUUGA